AUGGCUCAAGCCCCUCCAGCUCUUGGAAGGAAAUCCUCAGCUCCAUGGGACAGGUUACGACCAGUGAAGCAAGAUCCUUUGGAAGGCAUGGGAUUCGUCUCCAAGGGUGACAACAGGCUGCUCGAUCUCAAAUCACAAGAGAGCUUCUACAAUAAGAUUGUUGCUCGCUACAUGCAAUUUUGCACACGGCACUCUAAGGAUCUCGACAGCGCUUUUGCAUCCUUAAAUCUCGACGAGGGUCAGUCGCCGCCCUUGAAUCCCACGAAAAAACCGCCCGGAAAGCCGACCAUUCCUCAACCUGCACGAGCCCCUAGUCUAUUGCAGCAAGACUUCAUUGCCCCUACGAACGCUCAAUCGACCAGUGCACCGACACCCUUACCGGCAUCUGAGCUAUCAAUUAUUCUUCUCGCGCUCCGGAAACUACGAGAGGGUCUGCUUGCCAGUUCUAUAUCAGCGCCGAACCCAGUCUUUUCCCAACGAGUCCAUGUAUUCAACAUCAGAGUCGCGAUCCUGGCGCUUCAUCCGGAGGGCUACCAUCCUUCCUUGCUGCACCUCCUGUCCGUCCUGCAUACCCCCGAGCAUCCCCUGCCUCGAUCCGAGUUGGUGGAGAUGACGACCUACUUGAUCCUUGACACGGCCAUCCGGCAGCACGAUCUUUACCAAGCAUAUGCCUUGAAGUACAAUAGUCGUGUCCGGUUUGGGUUCAGAAGCCGAGUCGUCGACAGUAUAUUGAAAUCACUUAUCAUGGGAGACUGGGCCACGUUUUGGCGUGUUCGACAGAAGGUUGAUGGCUAUGUGCGAGCUAUUCUCUAUUGGCACCUGGAAGCACAGCGCAAGACGGUGCUCAAAGCGAUCGGUCGAGCCUACUACACUUGCGACGUCAAUUGGAUUCUCCAGAGCGCCACUGGAAGCCAACUAAACUGGGAGGAACUCGUCAAGAUCGAGGAUAUUGGCUGGAUGCGAGAGGGUGAUAAGGUCGUGAUCCGGAAGCCGAAGGCCAAGACCAGCUAA